AUGAGGCCACAGAACAAGCCGGGCGGCGUUUUUUUCAGCCCUUCUGGAAAGCUUGUUCAAAUUGAGUAUGCUUUGGCAGCUGUUGCAGCAGGAGCCCCAUCAGUUGGGAUUAAAGCUGCAAAUGGUGUGGUACUAGCAACAGAGAAAAAGCAGAAAUCUAUACUGUAUGAUGAACGAAGUGUACACAAAGUGGAACCUAUUACCAAACACAUAGGCUUGGUAUAUAGUGGCAUGGGCCCUGAUUACAGAGUACUUGUUCAUAAAGCACGUAAAUUGGCUCAGCAGUACUACUUGGUUUAUCAUGAGCCUAUUCCAACAGCUCAGCUGGUGCAGAGGAUUGCUUCUUUGAUGCAACAAUACACACAAUCUGGGGGUGUACGUCCUUUUGGAGUCUCAUUGUUAAUAUGUGGAUGGAAUGAGGGGCGACCAUAUUUAUUCCAGUCUGAUCCAUCUGGGGCAUACUUUGCAUGGAAAGCAACUGCAAUGGGAAAAAACUAUGUAAAUGGAAAAACAUUCCUUGAGAAAAGAUACAGUGAAGAUUUAGAGCUUGAAGAUGCUAUUCAUACUGCUAUCUUGACAUUAAAGGAAAGUUUUGAAGGACAAAUGACUGAAGAUAACAUAGAAGUUGGUAUCUGUAAUGAGGCAGGAUUUAGAAGACUCACUCCAACUGAGGUUAAGGAUUAUCUGGCUGCAAUCGCCUAAUCUGGGUUGAUGAGAACAUACA